AUGGCAGGUGGACUCGCUCGGCUGUCACCAGUGUUUUCCAACGGACCCGGCUUACAGAAGCCUUUGGACCCGCUGGACACUGUGGCGAGUACCAUCAACACUAUCCUCACUCCCAACCCUUGCGUUGCGGAGACAUUUCCAAGCCUUUCGCUGCUGGGCGCAGAAUUCCUUUCCAUAGAAGCCUCUUUGUUCACAAACUACAGCGGUUGGAUCCCCGCAGGAUGGAGAUUUUCGCAACCAUCAGUCAACAUACACGACGUGUCUUUUUGUAACAUCACAGUAUCCUACACCCAUCCCGGCCACGGUGAUGUCGUCAACGUCGAAACAUGGCUUCCAACUGACGAAUGGAAUGGGAGACUCCAGGCGGUGGGAGGUGGCGGAUGGCGCGCCGGCCGGUUCAUACUGAGCUACGCUGGCAUGGCCGGUGCCAUAGCGGAUGGAUAUGCCACGGUGACUACCGAUGCAGGACUUGGAAAUGCUGUAGGGCCGAUGCCGUGGGCUUUGAUCAGCCCCGGUAACUCCAACCUGUAUGCGCUUCAAGACCUUGGCUCGCAAACACUGAAUGACGAGGCAAUCAUAGCAAAGCAUCUUAUCAAAAGUUAUUACGGCCGAGAACCAUCCUAUUCGUAUUGGAAUGGCUGUUCCCAAGGAGGCCGGCAAGGUACAACGCUUGCCCAACGAUACCCGACUGCAUACGACGGCAUCAUCGCGGCGGCACCAGCAGUAAACUGGGCCGGAGUAUUCAUCAGUACCAUGUGGCCCAAAGUGUACAUGGAUGUCACUGGGCAGUACCCUCAGGCAUGUGAGUUGCAACAGCUCACGGCGCUUGCUGUGUCUACUUGUGAUGGCCUUGACGGUGUCGAAGACGGCAUCAUAGCCGACACAAGCGGCUGCAAGAGAAUAUUCGAUCCCUUCACGUAUGUUGGGUCAAGUUUCUACUGCCCAUCUGCAGGAAAGUCUAUCAACCUCACUCUUCCAGCAGCAGCUGUCGCCAACGCGAUGUGGACAGGUCCCGUGACGGCCGAAAACGAGACUACCUACUUGCAUGGUUUGGAGAUGGGCACAGAUCUUACCAAAGGUGCUCCAACGAGCUGCGACGAGGAUGGAGAGUGCACCGGUACCCCCAAUACUGCCGUCAAGCUUCUGAUGGGGUAUUUCAUCGACAAAGAGCCCGACUUGAGCACCACCAAAAUCUCUUUCAAGGGGCUAGAGCGCGCGUUUCGUUCGUUCAAACAGCAAUUCGAUUCCUUCCUGGCCUCAGACGACCCGGAUCUGACAUCAUUUCGGGAUAUUGGAGGCAAGAUGAUCACAUUCCACGGCCUUGCCGACCCAACCAUUCCCACAAAUGUCUCGCUUGAUUACUACGAGAAAGUUUUGGCACUUCAAACAGACGCGCAAGAGUUCUACAGAUACUUCUUGGUUCCCGGAUUAGGACACUGCUGGGGUGGUCGCGGCGGCCAACCGGUGGCCUUGUUCGAUCAGCUUCGAUCCUGGGUUGAGAACGGAACGGCGCCAGAAAGCUCGCCAGUGACUAUCACGAGGCCAGAUAACACACUGGAGCGUCAGAUACUGUGUCCUUAUCCGAAGAAGGCUGCCUUUCGUGGCGAAGUAUCGCAGGGCCUGUCAGGUUGGUCGUGUGUUUGA